CAUCCAUACGAUUGGUGGCCCUGCAUGUCAAAAUAGUCUAACCAAAAAAAGUGUCAACAAUUUUUGAAUUUGGAAAGUCGCUUUUCGCUAAAAACUAUGGCUGAAGAGGAUUUAGAGCCCUCGGAGUUGGAUAAACUUCUCGAAAAGACAGAUCUCGAGUACAUGCUCGAAUUUGAAACACAAAUAUUCCUUGAUAUUCUUCACAAAGAUGGUUUAGUCGUAGCAGCCAAAGGUCUCAACCUCGAUUUGGUCCUUUUAAACCUUUUCAAAGUUUACAGCGAUCCAGGUAACCUAGUUAUGGUCUUGAACGCAAGCGAAGCGGAAGAAAAGUUCUUCAUAAAUAAAAUCAAAGACGGUAAUGUUCAUAGCACAACGUUUAACGUCAGCAUCACUGAUAGAGAGGAUGCUUAUUUAUCAGGAGGUAUCCAUUUUAUCACAACCAGAAUUUUGGUUGUUGAUUUGCUCAAAAAUCGUGUCCCUAUUGAUAAAAUCACAGGUUUUGUUAUUUUGCGCGCUCAUAAGGUCCUAGAGAGUUGCCAAGAGGCGUUUGCGUUGCGUUUGUACCGCCAAAGCAAUAAAACGGGUUUCAUUAAGGCAUUUUCAAACAGUGUCCAAAGUUUUACAAUGGGAUUUGGUCACGUCGAACGCAUAAUGCGGACGAUAUUUGUCAAAGAAUUGUACAUCUGGCCUCGAUUUCAUUCUAUGGUCAUUCAAAGUUUGAAGCAAUAUGAACCACAAGUGAUUGAGCUACAUAUCCCCAUUUCGGAAAAUAUGAGCAAAAUGCAAACUUACAUUUUGGAGUUGAUGAACAUUACCGUUAAAGAAUUGAAAAGAAUUAACAAAACUGUGGAACUGCAAGAAAUUACCGUUGAAAAUUGUUUGACUAAAAAAUUCCAAAAAAACUUACAAAUGCAACUGGACGGUAUUUGGAACCAGUUGAGCGAAAAAAGUAAACAACUAGUGGCGGAUUUGAAAACGUUACGUCAUUUGAUAAUUACAAUGCAUUAUGCCGAUCCUGUUACAUUUUACUCAACUUUAUCAAGCUACAGGACAAUGGAAUAUGCCCAAACGGCCACUUGGGUCCUUACUGAACCUGCAGAAUUACUUUUUUCUCAAGCAAGUUCGUUGAUUUUUACAGGAGACAAAGAACUUAAUCCCGAAUUUUGUCCCAAAUGGAAGUCUCUGUUGGAGCUUCUUAAAGUCGAAAUACCUCACGAAAUCGAAAAAAUGAAAACACGCGAAAAUAAAAUUUUAAUACUGUGUUCAGACCAAAAAACAUGUUAUCAGUUAAGUCAGUUAUUAACGCACGGGCCGCACAAAUAUUUAUUCUUUAAUGCCCUUGAUAAGAAAGUCACUUUUAAAAAAAUCAACGAUUCAUUCCAACAAUGUGGUAAAAUAGAGGAGGGUCCAGAAGCAGCCAAAAAACCCAAAUUAGACGAAAGUAACGUCAACGAAUCGGAAGAAAUAAAAAGUAGUUAUGUCCUAACCAUGUCACAAACACCCGGUGACGAUUCUCAAUACAUUUUCGAACAAUGCGAAGAGUGGGAAAACAUGAACAUAACCCAAAUUUGUCAAUCCCUAACAGCCCCCACAGUCCUCAUCCAAACCUUCAAAGGCACUCCCAACCUCCAACGCACCCUUGAAGAGAUCAACCCUUCUUUCAUCAUCAUGUACCAUAGCAGUAUCACAGCAAUCCGCGAAAUUGAAAUGUUUGAAGCGCACCGGAAACGCGAAACGUCCCUCAAAACCUACUUCCUGAUCCAUGGCGAAACAGUUGAAGAACAAAGCUAUCUAACUUCACUACGGCGUGAAAAAGAAGCCUUCGAGUAUUUGAUUGAAACCAAAUCGAAAAUGGUGGUGCCUGAAGACCAAGACGGUAAAUCCGACCUCUGUCUCACCCUCCAACGCGAUCUCAAAUCCCCCAGUAAAAGUACGAGACAAGGGGGGCGCCCUGAGGAGGCCCCCCGGAAGUAUGUUAUAGUCGACAUGAGGGAGUUUCGGAGCGAUUUGCCCGCUCUUAUCCACAAAAGGGGGCUAGAUAUAGAACCGGUUACGAUCACAGUGGGGGACUAUAUUCUCACACCGGAGAUUUGUGUUGAACGGAAGAGUCUUUCGGACCUGGUGGGGUCCCUUAACAGUGGUAGAUUGUACCAACAGUGCACCCAAAUGUUUAGGUAUUAUGCCAAACCCAUGCUUUUGAUUGAGUUUGACCAAAAUAAGCCGUUCUCUUGGCAGAACCAAUAUAUGGUCUCAAGUGAUACGAAUAGUUUCGAUAUUCAGAAAAAACUGCUUUUGCUGACGUUACAUUUUCCGAAAUUGAAAAUCAUUUGGAGUCCUAGUCCCUAUGCGACGGCUCAGUUGUUUGAAGAAUUGAAGGAAGGAAAGGAGGAACCAAAUGUGGAAUACGCCGCCGCGAUCGGAGGCAACCAAGACCUGGACCUAGUCGAGACCAAAUACAACAGUAACAUUUACGAUUUUGUCCAAAAACUCCCUGGAAUUAACUCAAAAAACAUCGACACGUUUCUACGCCGGGUGAAAAGUAUGGACAACGCGGUUAAAAUGAGCGAAAACGAACUGAGAGAAGUAUUGGGUAAUCCAAACGACGCUCGUGCUUUAUACGGGGCCCUCCACAACGACCAAAACCCCAAAGAACUCGAAACUAAGACUAAAGGUCAAUGGGCGCGAAAGCGCUUCGCCAAGAAGAAAUAAUACGGUCAUUCGUGUACAUAUUAUUUUUUUAAAUAAAUAAAUAAGCAAGCUAUAAAA